UCUCCGAAUCGAAAACCAUAACUUCCGUGCGGUCAUUGCAAUAAGGUGUCCGCAAUAUUUCUCACAACAUUCUCCUCCAGCAGACAUUACACAACAACGUCCGCAGUGGUAUGAGUUUUCCACAGAUCUAGAUCAUCCGCUGGGGGAAAAACUUGGCCACGCUCCUGGGAUUCAAGGUAAACAUGUCCGGAACACGCUUAGACCUUUCUAGACUGGGGCAUCCUCUGAACGGCGCUGCGUCUCGAAGGCGGAGUCUAUUUCUGGUUUAUAAAAAGGAGAACGUCUGCUUUUCGUCCUCAGUCAUUCCACGACGCUCAAACAGAAUGGCAUUCAAAGUAAAGUUUACUGAUAGAUGGGUCCUUGUGCUCGCCGCUCUCAUGGCCGCCGCCCUCGCCCGCCCUGACCGCGCACCAGCCUACGGGUAUGGCGCUCCUACACCCGCUUACGCCCCAGCCAAGUACGACUUCAACUACGCCGUCAACGACCCGCCAUCCGGCAACGACUUCGGCCACCAAGAGUCUCGGGACGGCGACCUCACUCAGGGUUCCUACUACGUCCUGCUUCCCGACGGUCGUCUGCAGAGGGUCACCUACAAUGUCAACGGCGAUUCUGGCUACCUGGCCGAGGUCACAUACGAGGGCGAGGCUCAGUACCCAGCACAGCAGCGCGCCUACACACCCGCACCCGUUUACGGUUAAAGAUUGAUUACCGCAUUUGUGAUUCUUCGAUUUUUUAUGCAUAUGACUUUCACUCACAUAUUUCAUUUCACCAUAAGUGUCUCGUAGUUGAAGAUAUACCAAAAUUAUGGUGUUAUAUAUAAGAAUUCAGUGUCAAGGAACGAAUAAGAAGCUAAUUAUUUAUGCAGUUUUUGUAUAUAUAAUUUACACAAGUUGCGUGUAAUAUAUUUCUAAAUAUAUCAGAAAAACAUAA